AUGCCACUAAAUUCUACACACUGCACCUUUAAAACCCCCUAACUGGAAGUGACAACGGCUUGGCACUCCACCACCUCUAAGGAUCACACCAAACAGGGCCAGCUGAUAAGGUGCUGUAGUGCUGUAAAGUAGCUUCCCACCUCCAAGGAUAGACAGACUCUUAGAGAGCCACCAUGUGACUAUUGUCAUCACAGAAACCACGGGCCUGCUGCCAGCUGCUGAAAGGUCCAGACCUGCCAAAGAUAGCAACAACCCUGCCUGCAUGGGACUGAAUGCGCUGAGGAGAGAAGCCGAAUAAGUAUACACCAACCGCAGAGAGCGGCUUAUGGAAAACUCUAUGAAGAUUCUCAGUUCAGCGUGUCAAAUGACUGGGUAUAGGACUUGAUUUUUAUAUAGUACUUCUAUGCAAGUAUGGAUAAUUAUGUGUUUUGUGCCCCGCAGACGUGCAGUCUGUCAGUAGGAAGUGGAAAAGCAAUUAUUUGCCUUUGCAACAACUUCAAAACCCCAUGAGACGCCUAUGUGCAAGAUCUAAAGGAAGUUUCAUGUUUUAUGUCCUAUGAAGCAGCACUUAAGCUAUACGUAUGUUCUGGCAUGCUUGGCUCAGGUCACCUGUCCUCCUAUUUGCUGCUGCUCCAGCUGCACUCUGAAAAACCCAGCAGCCUUAAACUGAACAUCCAUCUGCUGUAACCACUUGAUAAAUGACUGUUUUAGGGUGAAAAUGACAGCAGUUUUAUGUAAAAUGCUCGUGAGGAUUAGUCUGCACAUAAAUCUUGAUUUAGGAGAUUCCAUGUGCAGUGUCUUGCAGCAGCACAUUGAUAACUCCUUUGUAUGUGAUGCCAAGGGGAGCAGAUACUGCAGACAAUGUGGGUGGAAACUGCAGAUUAAUGCUGUUUGUGCUCAUUAAGUCAGUCAUGGAUCAUGGGGACAUAGUUUGCCUUACAAGGUUUCUUUUAACAUCUGUCACCCAACAAAUCAUGGUGUUUUAUGCUGUGCUGUGUCAUUUUAAACCAAGUUAUUCCACUGUUUAUAUUCAGAAGGAUGUUCACCCUGGCUCAGGUUCUACUGUACUAGCUCUUGUAGGCGAGGUAUAGGAUGUUUUUCCAAUCAAUGGAGGUUUGUAUUUGACCCUCCCACGGCGAGGCUUAUUUUACUCAUCUCGGAGCCUUUAGGCUUCACUGCCAGCUUCGUUAAUUGGCCUCAUUUGAUCCUGGAAACCCCAGUGAGAGAAAGGAUCUCCAUUGGAUCCCCAUUUGAUGGUCGGACGUACAGCUGCGUCAGAGUUUGGAGGGGCGGUACGCCGCGCCGAGGUGAUCCCCGAGUUUAAAAGCGCAGAAGUCCUCUGUGCGCCGGAGCAGUGCGUCACAGCGACCCAGAAGAGCCAGGAUCCCCCGACACAGAGUCAGAUAUCUCAACACAGCGACGAAAAUAGCUUUUUCUGAGGGCAAACUUAUGCAACUCAAGUGAUGAUCUAUUCAACGUUUUGAUAUUUUUGACGCAUCUCAAUUAGAUUCUUUCAUUUUGGAUGCGAGGCUAUUUUUUCUUUUUGAAAAAGAAACAGCUUUUUCUCCACUAAGCCUUUUUUUGACAUUGUUAUUUCUCAUUCUCGCUGUUUGUGUGCGGUUAUACAGCGAGAGAGGAUCCUGAGCAACAGCUGGGGAAUAUAUAAACUCCGCUAUAUGGAUAAGGAAUCGCUCCCAUCUGCAACUGAACUCAGAGUUUGAUCUCAGACGUUGCUCUCUGCGCAAAGAAGAAAAUGAAAUCUGCUGAAGAGGAUGCAUAUGGCUACACGCCAAAUGUCAGUCUCUCCCUGCCGCUGGGCAACCCUUGUCUUCCCUCGCAGUACCACAGCCUCCAGUCCAGCCCCACUAUAUCUGUCUCUGUCUCCGAGCCUCACAGUUAUGACGCCCAGGAUGACAUGAGAGCGGCCGGCUACUAUUCAUCUUCAAGCGUCCGCCCAAACGGAGCCCCAACCUUGGAGAGUCCUCGUAUUGAGAUCACAGCCUACGGUCAGUUUCCUGAGGAUGAGGUGGAGGAGAACAACCUUCCUGUUGCCAAGCGAGUCAAUUCCAUCGUGACGCUGACCCUCCCCAGUGCAGAUGGAUAUCGUGACCCCAGCUGCCUGAGUCCAGCCAGCAGCAUCUCAUCUCGCAGCUGCCACUCCGAAGCGUCCUCCUAUGAAUCAAGCUACUCAUACAACUAUGACAACUCUCCCCAGAACUCCCCCUGGCAGUCUCCCUCAGUCUCCCCCAAGGGCUCCACACUCGCCCUGCCAGGUGAUGGCUGCGGCCCUGGUGGCUCCCCACGCCACUCCCCCUCCACCUCCCCUCGCACAAGCGUGACAGACGACACCUGGAUAGGUCAGCGAGGUUCCAGGCCCAACUCCCCGUGCGGUGCAAAGAGGAAGUACAGCUUCAACGGCAGCGGGGCGCUGCACAAGCACUAUCCGUACUCACCCAACCAUUCUCCCGGGCUGUCCCCACAGGCUUCCCCUCGCCUCAGCGUCACGGAGGAGAGCUGGCUUCCAAACACCAACCAAUACACCAACUCGGCCAUCCUGGCAGCCAUCAACGCCUUGACCACAGAUGGAGUGGCUGACCUCGGGGAGGGAAUCCCUAUGAAGGCCCGGAAAACCAGCAUGGAGCAUAACCCCACAGUCAGCCUGAAGUUAGAGCCUGGAGGCGAAGAGCUGAGCCCUGGGGAGCUCUGUCAAGAUGAGCACCACUCCAACCGCCUGCCCUUAAAGAAGGAGGGCUACUGUGGCGGGUUUCUGGACGUGCCACAGCAUCCAUACUCCUGGUCCAAGCCAAAGCAAUAUGUCAGCCCAUCCUUGCCAGCCCUCGACUGGCAGCUGCCGUCCAGCUCGGGGCCCUACAGCCUGCAGAUCGACGUGCAGCCCAAAUCCCACCACCGGGCCCACUAUGAGACAGAGGGCAGCAGAGGAGCAGUGAAAGCCCUGGCAGGAGGACACCCAGUCGUUCAGCUGCACGGUUACAUGGAGAGCGAGCCUCUGACCCUGCAGCUGUUCAUUGGCACAGCUGACGACAGGCUCCUGAGGCCCCACGCCUUCUACCAGGUUCACCGCAUCACCGGGAAGACGGUGUCCACCCCGAGCCACGAGGCCUUGCACAAUAACACCAAGGUGCUGGAGAUCCCGCUGCUGCCAGAGAACAACAUGCGAGCCAUAAUCGACUGCGCGGGGAUCUUGAAGCUGCGUAAUUCGGACAUAGAGCUGCGGAAGGGGGAGACCGACAUCGGACGUAAAAACACACGUGUGCGGAUGGUUUUCAGAGUUCACAUCAACCAGGCCACCGGGAGAACAGUGUCAUUGCAGGCUGCGUCAAACCCCAUCGAGUGCUCCCAGAGAUCGGCCCAGGAGCUACCGCUGGUGGAUAAGCAGAGCUUGGAGACGUGUCCCGCCCCCGGAGGGGAGAGGAUGCUCCUCGACGGACACAACUUCCAGCACGACUCCAAGGUGGUGUUCGUGGAAAAGGCUCAAGAUGGUCACCACCUCUGGGAGACCGAGGCCAAGGUUGACAAAGACGCCUCAAAGCCUAAUUCGCUCCUGAUUGAAAUCCCUCCCUAUCGAAACCAAAGACUCUCCACUCCCGUCCACGUGAACUUCUACGUCUGCAACGGCAAGAGGAAAAGAAGCCAGUAUCAGCGCUUCACCUACGUUCCUGCCAGUGUGCCAACAAUAAAGACAGAGCCACAUGACGACUACAACGCCCCUCUGGUGUGUGCCCAGCGUGGACCCAGCCUGUCUUUGCACCCAAAGCCAUAUUUCCCCCCACAGGUCAUGACCCCGAUGAUGACCUCUGACCUCAGGCCAUGUGUGGUGGGAGGGGCUUACUCUGUCAGUCAGCAGAGAUUGGCAGCAAAGCCCUCCUCGCUGCCUUCCUCUUCCUCCCCGAGCGCCAGCCCCAAACUGCACGACCUGUCACCACCGCCCUUCUCCAAGUGCCUCUCUGCCGGCCCAGCAGUCCAACACCCAGGCCCGCAGUCCCCGAUCCCGCACGUCUCCAUCAUCCAGGAGACGCCUGGGCGCUACCAGCCGCCCAACCUCUACCCACCCAGCAGCGCCUCCUCCUCCCCGGCCUCGCAGCCCUCCACCCCAGGCACAGGCCCCGAGGCGCCCUUCUCUCCAGCCCACUGCAUGACCCCUCAGCCAGUCAGCGGCAGCACCAGCCCCGGCGCCCAGCAGCACCCUAAGGUGCCAGAGAGGGGGCGCUCCUCCCUGCAGGAGGACGGCAGCCCCCCCUCGCUGGCUGUCAGCAUCAAACAAGAACCACAAGAGCUGGACCAGAUGUACCUUGAUGAUGUCAAUGAGAUCAUCAGGAAUGACCUGUCAAGCAUCUCCGUCCACAGCCACGCAUAGUUUCCCGUCACCACCAAAACUGACACAGGAAACCAAAAAAAAAAAGGGAAACGCCAAACAGAACUGACACUAUGCUGUGCGUGCUUGGACUACAACCUGCAGGAAGCAACAGCAGGAAAUGCAAGGAGAACAAAUGUAAAUGUAUUGUCCAGAUGACCAGGGUCCAUCGUGUGCCUUGUUUUUUUUUUUCAUAUAUAAUGCCUUUACACAGAAUUUAUCCAAGGAUUAAAUCACAUGACUGACUUUUUUAAAGAUGUGUAAAUUGAUUAUGUAGCAACCAAACCUGCCACCCUCAACCCCACAACAAAUAUGCUUUUAGAGGACCAAGCAUUGUUUUAUAUAUAUAUGUAUCUUUUUUUGCUGCAGUUUGUAAAUGAUUCAGUGCCUAUGAGUUAUGUAAUUUGUAUAUACAGUGUCUGUAGUGCUUCAGUUUGCAUAUCUGGCUUUACAGAGAGACACUUUAAAAGAAAAGUGCCUUUUUGACUGGAAGCAGAAAGUUUGACUUCACAAGUUCAACCUCAAAAUGUAAGAUUGAAGAUUUUUUUAAAGCAAGUCUAUGUAGCUUUUGCUGAACUGGGACUACUUUGGCCACAAGUGACAAUUAUGGGAUAAUGUAAAAGCUAAAAGAUAGUGUAAUAGUAGCACAAAUAGAAAAGAGUCUUAAAGUCAGUGCGCUGACUAAGCAAUGUCCGUUACACAGUAAUAUCUAUCUAAAUUAGCCACUAUAAGCUACUGGUCAUACCAGACCAAGUAAGGUUGUAAUAGCAAAACCCAUGUGUGUGUUUAAUUGAUCAAGGAUGCAUUUUAUUUCUAAUGAGGUCAACAGGAAAAAUGUUUUAUUUCUUCUUUCAAAAAUUGCAAAGUCUCACUUUAAAUCAUAUUUGGUUUGCAUUUUUGAUGGACAUUUGUUUGGAGAGAUUAAAUUAAAGGGGAUAUAUUAUGCACAUUUACAGGUCUAUAUUUUUAAUUUUGGGCUGCAUUGAUAUGUAUUUCCAUGAUUUACAGUUUAAAAAACUCCUUAUUUACCUCACACUGACCCUUUACACAGGCCCUCAGUUUAGCCUCUGUCUGAAACAGGCCGUUUUAGCUCCUGUCUCUUUAAGGCCCGCCUCCCGAUGAGCCCACUCUGUUCUGAUUGGCCAGCUCUUAGAAGCUGCCCCUCAGGAGAUUUCCGCUAACUCUGGAAGCUACAUCAACAAAUCAUGCAACAGAGUAUAGUAGUAGGAUUUCUCACUCAUUACUUUUUCUCAUUCUUAUUCAAAAUAUCAACUUCUCAAAUACAUCCGUACAUAUUUGAGCCAAAAUCCGAUCCAAAAUAUGAGAGUGGACAAUGCGAACAACACACGGAAAAAACAACCUUAGCAAUAAAGGCUAUGAAACGGAUGACGAGCCGACAACAGUUUGUCAGCAACGUAGAAAAAUAUGUCGCAAACAAAGCUUUCAGAGCAGGUUGAAGCCCUGGAUUUUGACUUGCAGGGAGCAUUUCUACAUAUGCAAACCUCAAGUUUUGGAACUUUGACCAUGUUUAACAUAGAAAUGCGACAUCAUAUCAACCAAGCAACCAUUUGUGCCAUCUUCGAUCCGAAGGUUGGCUUUCAUGGUCCUCCAACUGUUUUUCUUCUCAGCCUUUCUCUAAAUCAUAACUGACAUCAUCAUAACAGUAUGUAAAUAACAGGAAAUCACAAAAAGCAUAAUAUGUCCCCUUUAAGAUGAAUAAAAAUAGAAUACAUUUUCUGUAUUCACAAUCAACAAUAAGCACUUAACCACUAAACCUGUGGUAUUACUUGUACUUAAUCCAUUAAGGCAACAUGGUUCUGUCACUUUAAGUCACACAGCAAUGGCAAAACUUUUCAGUUGAUGUGUAAUCACAGGAUAUUGAGUCAUUUUGAAUCAUUUUCUUCAUAUAAACAAUACAGACCACAUACUGACUUGACGACAUGAACUUUGUGUAAACUGUUGGCUACAGUAAUACUGGUUGGACUUCUAUCAAAGGAAGAAAUCAUCUCAGUUUUGACAAAGCUUGACUAUUAUUACACCCUGGAAGCUAUGCAACAUGCAGGUAGCAUUAGUCUCUAAAAGAAUGUUAACAUUCACCGUUGUAACAGAGAAGGCCUCUGAUCCAAAGAAUACUCAACAACGGUGAACAGCAAUACAAGUACAAAUUCUUUGUUUGUUUUUGUAUUUUCAUAUUUAUUCUCUUAGCAUGUGCUCUGUUUAUUCAUGUUUAUCAUACAGCUUCUUUUACAUGGUUACCUGCAUACUGUGGUUUAUGUACUAAUUUGUUUUGCGCUCUUACAGCAAGAUUUAAUGGGCUUACACACACACACACACAGUUCUCACACCUUUAUAUGUAUUUAUGAGUCUUAAUCCAUGUAACUGAAGGGCAUGAAAGAAGCCGUACUGAAAUGUUUACUGAGGAGGUUAUUGUUAGUCUACAACUCAUAAUUCUGCUUUGUGUUCUAUUUUGUGUAUUUGUCAAUAAAUAAGCCUUCAUCUCU